UGACUCUGAAGAUGACUACCGCUAAGGUUGUCGAAACGUCAGUCAACAACAACAAAAACAGUCCUUCUCAGGACUUUAUUAACCUGGGCGAUCAUCAUUUACAAACAUAGUAAAAUCUAUAGUGGGAAUAUCUGUAAUCUGAUUGGUUGAGAGUAGCUGAACACACUCAAACGUUUAACAACAUCAAGUCGGGCUCAUUUUCAAAAGCGUGACUUGAAUUUUGAGCUUUCGAAAUAUACGUUCGGAAAUCGUGAUUACUUACAUUACAAUGGCUUCGGCUAAUGAAAUCGAUAUAAUAAGUGAACUACAAAGAAACCAUUUUCUGUUCGACAAUCAGGCGAGCAAAAUAUACUCGUAAAGCAGCGGCCAAUUCCAAAUUUACAAGCGACUACAGGCAAUAGAAGCUUUCAGGAAAGUUGGUACUCGAAGAAAGAUUGGCUUUGUGGUAGCUCAGAAAAGAAUGCAUUGUUAUGUUGGCCUUGUCUUUUAUUUUGCCCUGGAUCGUCAUCUUCAUGGACGCAGACAGGAUUCAAAAACAUGAAGAAUUUCCUAUCCGUUUGUAAGAAGCAUGAGAAGGCUAAAUCGCACAUGGGUGCUUACAAGACCUGGAAGACCUACGGUUUUCAGCCUCGUGUCGACUGUCUCAUGUCACAAACUAGACGUGAAGCGAUUCAGCCUCAUAACGAGGAGGUAAGGCAAAACAGGGAAAUGUUGAAAACCAUAACAGAAGCUGUUUUAUACUUGUCUAGGCAAAAGCUUGCAUUUAGGGGGCAUGAUGAAUCUAGUGGCAGCAUGAAUAGAGGAAAUUAUAGAGAGCUACUUGAAAGUUUUGCCAAGAUAGAUUCUCUGCUUGCUGAAACCCACCUUGCUGGGGGAGGGCGGUUUACUGGAGUCUCUCCUGAUAUUCAGAAUGAUUUGAUUGAUUGUCUUGAUAAGAUAAUAGAGGAUGAGAUUUUUAAGGAAGUAUAUUGCUGCACUUUCUUAAGUAUACAGGUUGAUGAGGCAACUGAUGUUUCUACCAAAGAGCAAUUGAGUGUAAUUGUUCAAAUGGACAAAGGGGAAAGUGUCAUUGAAAGACAGCUUUGGUUUGUUGAUGUUAGUUGUGAUAGGACUGCAACUGCUAUAUCAUCAGUGGUUAAGGGUUUGAGAGAUUCAAGGCCUUUGUUGCUUCUCUGAGAAAUGAUACAGAAUAUUGUCAGCAGUGUGCGAAUUAACGGUGUGCAAUGUGCAAUUUGCACAUCGUUUUAGCUAAAAUGAAACAAUUGCACAUCACUUUUUCAAA